AAAUGUACAUAAUGCAUGUCCAGUGGAGUAGAACAUAAGGGGAGGGAAUAGCAAAUUGAUGUAAUCCAGUAAAAUAAAUUAAAUCUAAGCAUGGUAUCAAGAUAGUGAUAUCAGGGGUGACAGAGAACAGGUUACCAUGGUAGAAAGCGUGUAAUUGAGUGUGAAAGUGGGACAGAAAUAUAAAGAAAAGAAAAGAGAAUAAUGAAGAUCGUGCUGGAGGGGAGACAGUGAAGGUAAAAAAAGAAGAAAAAGUAGUUUCCUUUAGACAGCAAACUUCCAGCCCCCCUCCCAUUUAUAACAGCCCCUGUCAGGCAACGUACCAGGAAAACCGAAUCUUAGCAAAAGGGUUUGAAUCAUCAUGUUAUUAUUCAGCAAGGCAGACACUUAGACAUUGCACCAUACCUUCUGUCUGCAGCAGUAUCGGAAAUCUGGCUGAUCCAGUUAUACCAAAGAUAACAGCUGUCAAGCUUUUGGGAAAAUCAAACUGUAGAAUGGCACACUGAACUGUAGAUGGGGACAUGGGACGAAGAGUGCAAUUGAUCUUUUGUUUGGAUUUUACCAGCGAGGAGCUUUAUAAACAGCAAAAAAGCCAUCAAGAGCCAAGAAAGGUCAUCAACCUUUCUUUUUUUUAAAUUAAUACCAUUUAGUACAAUGUCUGAGCAAGAUAAAUUGAGCCUAGAACAACAGACCUCUACAACAACUACAGGAAAGAGCAUCAUUAAUCAAGAAUCAGAAAAAGAUGAGAAGAUACAGAACCAACACAAUAGGAGACCCAAGUCAGGAGCUAAAGGUAAACUUGUGAGAAGUAUGGCUGUUUGCGAAGAAUCCUCCCCCAAUGAAUUUGAAGACAAUUUCCCUGAGAAUCAGCAAAUGCUAUAAAAAAUUCCCGCAAAUGUCAUCAUACCAAAGGAUGCUUAUACACAGAGCUGCAGCCUAUUUUGAAAUGGACCAAAAUAUUGGAAAGCAUGUAAUAGGUAACAGGACCAAAAACCGAUAUAUGGAGGCAGACUGACUGGAAAGACAGAAGAAACAACUCCACAAGUGCAAGAAAAAGCAGAAAUAUUAAGAGGCAUACUAUUAUCCCCCAAAUAUACCUUCCUGUGUGUAUGUAUGUGCUCAGCCGAAGAGCUGAAAACUGCAUGACAGCAAAAUAACAUUGUGUUAUCUUCAGGGAAAUUUGGUCCACCAGAUGGGAGAUAUUGUGUCACUUUAAUGUGGGGACUGAUCCUAUCUAAUGUUGUCUUGCACCCAGAGGCUGAAUCAUGUGAGAGCUACAGUAUAUAUGUUUGUAUUGUAAUGUGGGCAAAUAAAAAUGUUUCUGAACUUUGAA